AUGUCCGGCAUCGCUGCCAUCAAAACCCCCUCCCACGACGACAUCCAAGUUUUCUACACGACCACCAAGUCCAACCUCGGUCUAGACAUCAGAAAGGCCAUUCACAGCAACAACAACCCUACAAAAGGUUACAUAGCAACUUCAACAGAUCCAGAUGGCAAUGUUGUGACUUCAUCGGACAUAGCCGUUUCCUCGUACUUGGGUAUCCAGUUCGUCGUGGGAAUAACACGAAACCCAGCUGGGACAACCGGCGCUCCUAGUGGAACAACUCUCAACAAUAUCAGCAUCUUGAGUCCGAUCAGUCAAACUAUUGCCAGGGUUGAACAAGACAAUUCAAGAAUCACGUCUUGUUCCAAUGGCAUUCAGUCGUCCGUGUUUUACCUCCGCAAGCACCCACAUGACCCCGAGGGUAGCCAUUUAUGGGAAUAUGAUUUCGACAGCGGACAGGCGAAACACGUCGAUGACCUUGCGAAUGUGCGCAAGGGGUCGGGUCUAGCCAGCUACUACACGAAAGACGAUCGUCUGGUGGUUUACCAGGAUAAGAAAGGCGUUAUCCGUGAAUACUCGUCGAAGACAACAGACAUUCUGAUGAAGAAUAAUAGAUUCUUCUAUACAGCCAGUGAAAAACAGUUUAGCGUUGACUUCGCUCGCGGUGACCCAUGA